UGUCUUUCAUUUAUUUAUAUAUCUAAAUAAAUCUGAAAUUAAUAACAAAAUUGUUAAUAGUUAAUUAUAUUUAGUCUAAACACAUUAGAAUAUGAAUUUCGCUGGUACAUUAAGAAUAAACAAGUUUGCUUGUUUCACUUUAGUAUUUAUACUUUUUCUCAUUAUUUAUUGGCGAUCUGGCGGUGCCAAUUACACGACGGAUAAAAGUGAUUUUAUCAAUUUGAAAAGUUUACUUAAAGCUGCUAUUUACGCGGCCGAGCGUGGCGGUAAGAAGAUUAUAGAGGGUAAGAAUCGUGAAUUAAAUGUGAAAAGCAAAGGGAAAACGCUAGAAGGCGCAAACGACCCAGUGACCGAUGCCGACUAUGCGUCUCAUUGUGCGAUGUUCUAUAGCCUUAAGAAUACGUUUCCGAAGUUAACAGUGAUAUCUGAAGAGCAUUCGAAGGGAGACCCGAGCUGUGAGCAUCAAGAAUUGCUGGAGAUAGACAAUGCGCCGGCAGAACAUAAAGUUAUAGAGCAUUUGAAUGAUGAACAAAUUUUAAUUAAAGAUGUCACUGUGUGGAUUGAUCCCUUGGAUGCAACUCAGGAGUAUACAGAGGCUCUAUAUCAAUAUGUGACGACCAUGGUGUGCGUGGCCAUCAGGGGAGUGCCUGUGAUUGGUGUCAUCCACUUUCCAUUCCCACCGCGCACAUACUGGGGCUGGAUGUUUAAGAAAACCUCAUCUAACAUACCUACUGUACAACAUAAAGAAGAAAACAAAGACCAACCAAGAGUGACAGUAUCCAGAUCGCAUCCCGGUAAAGUGGCGGAAAUUGCAAAAGAUGCAUUCGGACCGAAGACCGUGGUGACACCAGCCGCUGGAGCUGGUUAUAAAGUGAUGGCUGUGGUGAAUGGCACUUACGACGUCUACCUUCACGCCACUGCCAUCAAGAAGUGGGAUUUGUGCGCUGGAGACGCUAUCAUAAAAGCUGUCAAUGGCAAAAUGACGACAGCUAAUGGCAAUUUAAUAACGUACGGCCCAAAUGAAGAUGUGAAGGUUACAGACGGUCUUCUAGUCACAUUGUAUGAUCAUGACUACUAUUUGAGUAAAAAGCCUAAAGUGUUAUCAGCAAUGCCUUAGAUGUGCCAAAAUAUUUUUUUUCAGGAAUAUUUGACGUUAUUUUGUUGAAAAUUAUUUUUAAUUUGGUUGUAUGGUAUGGAUUAUGUAUUACUCUCUAUUAUGAGUGUAUUAGUAAACUAAUACUAACAACUCCUUUACGUCUUCGAUCCAGUUUAACAAUACAUGUAUUAUUAAUGAAUAAUACUUAUUUUAACUGACUCCAAAAAGGAUUGUUCAUUUGAUAAUGACAUUUAUUUAUGAGUUGGCAUCUAUAUAUACAUAUAGAUAUUUAUAAGUAUUGUAGUUACUCUUCAUAAUCAAAUUUCCUCAUUAUGUAGAAUAUAUUUUGGAUGAGUAAUAAAAAUAAAAAGUCCAGUGAAGCUGUAAAGGCCACGGUCAGCAUUAUAAUAAUUCGCAAAAGAAAGUACGUACGAAAAAUUUAAAUGGUAUGGUUUGUAUUGCAAAAUUCAAAUAUUCUAUUAUGGUACACAGGGGCGGAUCUAUCUAACAGCUUUUUGGGCUGCAGCCCAGGGCCCCGAGGAUACAAAGGGCUCCACUCCCCACUGAAACGAUAUUUAGAAUAUAAAAAAUAUCUAGAAUGUUAAAAAAACCUAUCAUAAGGUUGGCAACACUGAUAUCAAUCUACCCAUGCAAGUGCGCAUCUAUUGAAAGGAACGGGGAAUUUCUGGUCGUUUGUUUUUGGUCGGUGUAUUUUUUUAGUUGAGUAAUAUAAUUGGGUAGAUGCUUAAGUAGAUUUAGCCCAGGGCCCCAAAUUCAUGAUCCGCCCCUGAUGGUACAUAUAAAAAAGGCUGUGAUUUUGAAAAUGCAUAAUAUCUUUUUGGUAUUUUGUGUAAUUAUUUAAUCGAUUAAGGUCUAGUUAAAAUAGUGCUCAAUUAUUUUAUCUGAUAAUACAACAGC